AUGUCUCAUGCCUUAUUGCUACGCCUCUUCCUCGCACCUUCAUUCUUCUCGGUACACGUCGCACUCCAAUAUCUCAAGACUUAUCCGGAUAAUAUUGGAAUCACGCAUUAUCUUACGGGCCGACUCAGAGAGUUUGAUCUUAAAGAAUUGGAGGAUGUAUGGGGAUUUAUCUGCCAUCUGCUUGUUACACGACCAUCCAAAUCCACCGCCUUGGAGGUUUUUGUCGUAGAAAAGGCAGAGCAGUCCACACAUAUUGCAACCCUCACCCUCUGGUUCAUGCAAGCAACUCUGAAUGAUCUAUCCCAGAGCCAAAGCCGCCGAGGAACAACCAAAUCGGAAUCGUUUGCUAUAUGCCAGCGUGUCAUUCAUAAAUGCCAUGACAUAGUUUAUGGAGAUCCUCCCGAACCAGCCGGUGGCCCAUAUAGCAGUCUCCCAGUGCACCCUAGGUCUCGGUUUGGUCACAAACGUGUCAAACCCCACGCAAUGCCUGCUUUAGUAGGAAUGGGAACAAUGUUGGCGGGCGCGCCGGGGAUGCCAGCCUUGACGCCCGUAUCCGGUCAAGUUGCAAUCGAACAGGGUCGGAGAGAAGAGCCACAUCAACUUAGUGGGGUGGUACGAGAUUUACAAGACGAGGGACGGGUGUCUACAUCCUCACGCACCGGCUCCGUGGUCGAUGAGGAUGAGGAUACAGGGUAUGACUCGCCUGCCCCUGGACCAUCGGGACCCACACCCACACCCAAACCUUCGAAGCUUUCAAUAUUUACCCACAGUACGAGCUCUAUACAAACUGUGGCCGCCCAGGCUGCUAGAACAACACCGUCACUUACGACUCGACCUCCUCGAAUGUCCGAUGAUCCAUUUGGUCAACUUGAUCCACCCACUCCGCCUUCUAAACAAUCCACUCUCCCGCCCGUACAUUCGACACCUUCGAUCGGGUUGCGCCCUGGUCUUAACCGCGCUACUUCCCUCAAUCACUACGCCCAUCAAGAAUCCCUCCUCAACCAAUACGAUCCGUUUACUCAGAGUCAACUUUUAAGAGGUCACUAUUGCCGAGGCGAAGUACAAUUCUUGUUGACACUGGAAAGUAUCUCUAACCGGCUGCUCGUGGUUCCCAAGUUGGCUCGGGUCAGUGCUCUGAGAGCUGAGUUGACAAAUCUCAAUAAUAAGUUACCAGCAGAGAUAUGCGUACCCAUGUGGUGCCCUUCGUCGGAUAAAUGCUCUGCAAACUCAUUUGUUACCCAGCCCCACCAUCGAAUCGUCCGAAUCCCACCAGGAGAAAGUGUUGUCUUGAACUCCGCCGAGCGAGCACCCUACGUCCUGAUUAUGGAGUUCCUCAAUAAUGACUUGGAUUUUGACCCAUCCAAACGGAUGAACAAGGAGAUUCUCAGGAAACUCGUUACCCAAAAGCCUAACUCCCGAGGUCCACUUCUCCAGACUCCCGCAACUGUAACCCCAUUCAGAAAUACCUUUGCUUCUGAACAGCCGAGGCCAUGGGCUGAAUCGCCCAUAGUGAAUUCCCAAGAUGAAGCUGAACCCGUCGCGGACCCCUCAAGUGAAAUACAAAUAACCCCAUCUACACCUCUGGACCCACCGGAAGGCGAGGAUGAAGAAAUUGAUCUAGUCGAGCAGCUUUAUGGCGCCAAGCUCCGCGAUGAACCAGUUGAUCUUAGUGAUACAAUUGUUCUACCAGCGCCUCCAAAAACAAAGUGCUAG